AACCAUGGACUUUCACAACACAGCUCAGCGCAGUUGCCUGUCUGACGCGGCACUACCGUACUGACUGGAAUGUGGAUAUGCUACACUAGGUUCAAGUGCCAAUUACUUACAGUCGAAUACUUUGUGAGCAUGCGUCGAGAAGUCGAGAACAGGAGGGUGUUGGUGACGCCACAGGGAGUAUUAACUCUUUGAUGUCUGAAUCUUGAGAUUUUUCAAAAAAAUAGCAAGUGUGUCGUUUUAUUGAUUGUAAACAACAAUCCAGUAUCCAUAAAAAUUAAACCAGCAGCUCAUAUCUUGUCUGUAUACGGCGAAACUUACUUUGCCCAUAAGGCUAAAUCAGCACUACGACAAACGCUGUUGCAUCCAAAAAUACUCAAAAUACUUUGCACGUUUAAUCUCCAUUAAUACGAAUCAAGUGAACAAAGAAAGGGGCUCACCGUGUCCAUUUCCUGAGGGAGUAGCCUAGUGGCUACCAAAAUAACACAUUCGAGAUUAAAUUCAGUCAAAGUCAAAUUCGUACAUUCAAACCUAACAGAUACAAGCAAAAUGCUUCAACAAGCGUUACGUUAAAGAAAGUUGCCGCAAUCAGUCCCCGCACAAGCGUUUUCUACAUCAGUCGGAGGUAGCUAGUCGUUGUUCUGGCAGCGGUUCAAGUGAUUAAAUGAAAAAGGGGGCAGAGGCAGACUGACAGAGCAUGCGCUAACAGGGGGCUGUCGAAGAAUCAAGUAAAUAGAAUUGGAGCUGGAACCACAAGUUAGUGUUCGGUGAUGACGUCACUGCUCCACAUUGAGCUAGCCGAGUAGUAGUGGGUGAGAGAUAGAUAGAGGCGCGCCGUAGUAAAGUACACACUGCCAUGAAGUUCUGGUUGUGACUUAAUUGUUGUUUCUGUUCUCUGCACAGGACGGCUCUGUUGAAACGGAACGUGUUGUAUUUAGUUUCUCAGGAACGGAGGUAGAUUCACGGACGUUUGGGAAGAAAACAUUUUCCUCAGUUUUUCGCGAGAGAUGUCGUCUGCGGCGGUUGCUGCUUCUAGAAGGCAGUCAUGUUAUUUAUGUGACUUGCCGCGCAUGCCGUGGGCUAUGAUUUGGGAUUUUACCGAACCCGUCUGCAGGGGAUGUGUCAACUAUGAAGGAGCAGAUCGAAUCGAGUUUGUGAUUGAGACCGCCCGGCAACUUAAGAGGGCUCAUGGCUUUCAGGAGGGUAGGUCUCCGGGUCCGGGAAAGCAACAGCUCUCGGGCAAGGAAAUUCAGUCAAUCAACCAUUCGUCAGGAGAUCCCGGCUCGCGACCCCCACAGCCACUGGAUCGCUACCCUCUCUCUGACCGUCCGCCCAGGCUGGGACCUGAGUAUCAGUCCGGGAGACAACCAAACGGCAUUCCUGUCCCAAAUGGAUUCCCUAACGUUAAACCGGACGAUCCACCGGAGCUGAACCGACAGAGUCCUAACCCUCGUAGGACUAACCCUGUCCCCCCGAAUCUAGUGCCUUUAGCGAAUGGGAGUAUGAACCCAGUGCACGCUAUCAAUGGCAGACCGGGGCAGAUGGUGGGACUUCCCUCCGCGUUAGCGAACGCCAGCGAGCUCAGCUGCAAACGACCAGCCUCUGUGUCUAGCUCGGAGCACGAGAGGGAAGUGAAAGACAAGCACAGACCGGACAGCAUGACGCCGGAGAUCAGUGAGAGCCACAAGAACCGUGCGGAUGACUGGAUCAAGGGCAAGACAGUGAGGGAUAUUAUGGGUCUUCACUCUUUCGACAACAGGUUCAAGAAAGACCACCCGAUCAUGCAUCAAAGGGCGAUGGCGGGUUACGAUACUGGAGCAACAGCCUCCAAAUCAGACAGGGGGAAACAUCCCAGGAACAUGAAGAGAAAGGCUUCACCUGAACCCGAGGAGGGCACAGCCGUGAAGCUUAACGGAGACGGCCCACAAUGGCUACCGUCCCCCGCGGAUGGUCUGAAGAUGCCCCCUGUACCGCCGCCAAGCUUUGCCUCGCAGCAGUCUACAAUAUCGCCACACUCCCGCACCACCCCGCCGGAGGGUGCGCAGAACGGCCAGUCUCCGAUGGCUGCGCUCAUUCUGGCGGCGGACAACGCCGGGGGGAACAGCUCACCGAAGGAUGCCAAUCCAGUUCACUCCACCACCCGCAGGAACAGCAGCAGUCCGCUGUCACCGUCGUCCAUGAACCAAAGGAGACAGCCGCAGAGGGACGGUUCAGGCGCGGGAACACCUCAUGUGCCCGGCAUAGACCAGGUGCAUCCCCAAAGCAUUCCGGACUCCUCCGUGCCCAGCAGCAUACCCCUCUGCUGCACGUUGUGUCAUGAGCGACUGGAAGACACGCACUUCGUCCAGUGCCCGUCGGUGCCCUCACACAAGUUCUGUUUCCCGUGCUCCCGGGAAAGCAUCAAACAGCAAGGAGCCACGGGCGAAGUUUACUGCCCAAGCGGGGAGAAAUGCCCACUGGUGGGCUCGAACGUACCGUGGGCUUUCAUGCAAGGUGAAAUAGCCACCAUCCUUGCAGGAGAUGUAAAAGUAAAAAAGGAAAGGGACCCUUGAUUUUACAUAUGAUCUUUUUUGAAAUACGAAAAAGUAUGAACCUAUAUAAAUAUAUAAAUAUGAAUAUCCCAUACAUACCAUCCAAACUGAAACUAACGGACUUGUACAUAUUGGACACAAGGGAAGUGUAUACUUCGUAAACAUGGCUGUAUAAUUUUUUGAUUUUUUGAAUACAUUGUGUUUCUAUAUUUUUGAAGAUAAAGGUAUGUACUCAUUAUAAUGGACUACGUUCCUCUGUCGAUGUUUAACAAUUUCUUGAUGUACUUUUAGGUCUGGUGGCAGUCCCUGUUAAACGUAGAAUGUGACUAAUGCAACUCUACGAGCACUUGGCGAAACUGAAAUGCUUCUAGCUGUACGUGUAUGCACUUGUUUAAAAAUUGCCAAAUACAAUUUCUGAUCUUGUAUUAA